GGAUAAAAACAUAAACGAUAUCGCCUUAUAUAAGACAGAGGUUCCCAUCAAAUACAUUGUCGAUGAGAUGAGAGGCAGAUAUAUAGUGAACAGUCUGUGUAUUCCCGAUAAAGACCACGAUUUGCCGUUUGGAGCACUUAUUGCCGGAUGGGGUCAGACGGCCAAAGACGGCCGCACUUCCGAUGUGAUCAACAAAAUAUAUGUCCCAAUAUUCCCGUUAGAGAACUGUCAGAAAAAUUACAUGAAUUUGGGAACCAUUGACGAUGACAUGACUUGUUUUGGCGGACAGGGAGGUAAGGACUCUUGUAUGGGCGAUUCCGGCGGACCAUUGGUGGAGAAGACAGAGCAGAGGGCAUAUGUGAUAGGAGUGGUCUCGUGGGGUAUUCCCUGCGCCGAGAAAACAUUUCCCACAAUAUAUACCAAAGUGACCAAAUAUAUUGAAUGGAUCCAAACCAACAUCAAAUAUAAAUAU